AUAAUAAUUAAUGAUGGCGGAUGCUCCUGAAAGAGUCAAAGCGACAUGGAGCGAUGACCUAAGUCGCAAUUCGGAGGAAGAGAGAGAGCGCGAACGACAGCUCCAAUUAGAACUAGAACUCGCCAAGCUUCCUGUGAAGCCAGUUUAUCCUCCCGAAGAAAUGCAGAAGUUAGUUUCAUAUGUAGUGGACAUGACGACUCUCUACGAUCUCAGAGAUGAAGACUGGAACGACGAGGCGAAGCAUGCUAUAGAAGAAUGGUUCACAGAUCCCAAAGCUCUCAUACUCUGUGUUUACUUCAAAGGCGAAAGACUUAAAGCUGCUAGUGACAUUCCACUCAGUCCUGUGUAUGAUCUCACGUACUUCAUCAGACAACCUGAUUACGUGUUCAAAGCCGAAACAUUCCAUGACGAUGUCGUCUUCGGCACAUUCGUGGACUCUGUGGAAUCAAAUAUGAUCAAAAUACUGGAAUUCGUGUACGCACCAUACUUUUUUGCAGUCACUACUUGGCCGGAUAGUGUCAAGAGUGAAUUCUGCUCUCAAAUCCACACAUUUCUGGCAAAACUAACGGACAUGUACUACAAGAUGCUGGGUAUUACGGUACUUUAUAUACCACGAGAAGGUGAACAUUUGUCUUUCGAAGCAGCCAGCGUUGACAGGGAGUUGGUUAAACGUCUGGAAGGUGUGGUCGUCUACUGGACACACCAAAUUAAAUCUUGCAUCGAAGAUCAAUCUUCAGUGGCGUCACAAAACGAGCUGCUUUGUCCAAGCGAUGAAUACGAUUUUUGGGUGUACAGGCAUGAAAAUCUCAGUGCGCUUGUCUACCAACUGAAGAAUCCAGCUGUGAAGCACAUAACCAAGAUCCUUGUCACAACGCAUUCCACGUUUAUUCAUCAAUUCCAAUCACUGUGCGAAGAAAUCUAUCAGAAAAUAAAAGAAGCCACGUCCAAUAUUGAAUAUCUCCAAGUGAUCAAACAGCCUUGUGCUAUUUUAGAAUGUGUCGUUGAUCCUGACGAGAUAUCCAACCAUAUUCCAUUAAUUAUGAAUCUUUUUAGAUUUAUAUGGAUGGAAUCUCCAUACUACAAUUCAGAGACCCGUAUUACAAACUUGUUUAAGGCAUUGAGUAACCAGAUUAUAAUUUUAUGCCGAAAUUAUAUUAAAUUGGAGGAUCUUUUUGACGGGGAAACGAAGAAGGCUUUAGGAGAGUUCAGCAAAUGCAUCGAUUGUUGCAAGAAGUACAGGGAGAUUUAUGAUAUAAUGUCGGAGGCACAUAGUGAAGCAAAGCCUGGCACUUGGGAACUUGAUACUGGAGCCAUUUUCAAUUAUAUCGAUUCUUUCGUACAGCGAUGCUUUGAUAUGUUGGACAUCUGUAACUGCAUGAUUAUAUUUGGCAGGAUUGACGAAAUGGAAGUGAUAAACAAGCCAAUGUUCGGAGGCGCCCGCGGUGAUCAGUUCGAAGACAAAUGUGAUCAGAUCGAGCAUAUGUUCCACGACGCUCUGGAUAACGUCAAGUCAGUGUCGGCCACCAUACUAGACGUGCAGGCGCCGUCGUGGUACGACGAUAUAUUACAGUUUCGGACUGUCAUAAAGGAUAUCGAGAUCAUAAUUGAAAACCUUGUGGAAUCAGUCUUCGAAGGAGUCAAUCACGUGGAGGAAGCUGUUAUAGCUUUGUACUCACUUCACAAUUAUUCUAAGCGAAAGAGCUUAAAACGCAUUUUCAAACGCAAAACAGCUGAGGUCUGGGCAAUGUUCAGUGAUGAGGUACAGGAAGCCAAAAAGGACAUGGUGGCCUCCCGAGGACAACACCCUUCAGAUCUGCCGUCGUUCUCAGGACGGGCUGCAGUGCUGCGUAUGCGAAGAAACAGACUUGCUUAUCUGAAGAAGGUGAUGACGGACGCAUCAGUGUGGCUGAUGGUGUGCAGCAGCUCUGAAGACGUGAUAAUGCACGUGAAUCGGCUGAUGGGAGCGAUUGAUGUCGCCAUCAGGGAGCUGUGGAUUUCUUGGACCCACAAUUUAGACGAAAAAUGCGGAGUGGGCCUCAAUAGAACACUCAUGAAGAAAAGCGCUGAGAAUCCUGGAUUGCUGGAGUGUAACAUUGAUGUCAACAUAUUGGAGUUAUGUAAAGAAGCCGCCCACUGGGAGAAUUUGAGGCAAGAAAUUCCGAUGCAUGCCUACGCGGUCUACAUGAAGAGUAAGACUGUGUUUUACGUGUACGAGAGUGUACUGGCGGUGGUGAAGGGCUACAAUAAGAUCCUGGAAUCCUUGUCGGACGAGGAGAGACUUCUGUUCAAGCCGCUGACGUCGGCAUGUGAAAAGAAAGUCCAACCUGGAAUCGUUAAAUUAACAUGGACUUCAACUAUGUCGGAUGCGUAUAUUGCUGAUUGUGUAGUACAAAUCGGUGAACUUCAAGAUUUCUUGACAACUUAUAAAAACUGUAAUUUAAAUUUAGUUAAAAUUAUGGAGAAAAUUUGUGACACUCCACUUAUAGAAUUCGAUAUUUAUAACGUUUUUGAAAUCAAAGUUCUUAGAGAGACCAUUCGCAACAUGGAAAGUGCAGCAGUUACUAAGAUACUGGAUAUGUAUAAAGAAGUCGUAGUUUAUGUUAUUAUUGUUUACGAGGGAUUUGAGCCGUACAUAGGACAGAUGGUGGAGCACUGGGUGAAAUAUGUUCGAAGAUUUGAUCGUCAGAUGGAAGAUGCACUGCGCUUGUCUAUCAAAGCCACUAUGCAAAACAUGUAUAAAUGUUUACACGGAGAUGGAACAAUGGCACCGUCGCCUCUUAUCAAGAUGAACCUCUACCUCUCCGGUAAGGACAUAAUUUAUAUUCCAACUAAAAGUGAAAUAGCCGAAACAUUCACAACAGUGCUUGAAGAAAUCAUCCACAUAAUGGGCACAAUUCCUAGAUUAUUCGAGAAAUUUGGACUGCCUGCAGGAGGAUUAAAAAAGUUUACUGAAGUAAUUCGUAAUGACGCGGACUCGAAUAAGCUCCAAUCUCUAAUCAACACUGAGAUCGAGUUCAAUAUAUCACUUUUAUUAGAUCAUAUUCGUAUGUGGGAACCGUACUCACAUAUAUGGAAGACAGACAAAGACGAAUUUCUCGAGCAGUACCGGAUCGAAGGACACAAGGCUGCUGAUUUUGAUGCUUUAAUUAUCAACUACAGUAAUCUCGCAAAUGCCGUUCAGAUUCAAGAAACAAUUAAUCAAAUCCAUUUUAUUACCUUGAACUCAAGUAAUCUUAAGAAAUCAAUAAUAGCACAUUGCCUAGUAUGGCAGACGAAAUUGGGCGAACUGCUACGAAGAAUAACUGAAGCGGAUAUCGACGUUGUUUAUGAGUACAUUGAAAGGAGUAGUGUUGAAGCAAUGACUAUGCCUGUUGAUUUAGCUGAAUUAGCCUCAGCAAUGGCUACUUAUGAAAGGCUGAUGUCAGAGAUAGCCCCAUUUGAAAAAACAUUUCCCCCGAUCACUGAUCAGAUGCAAACAUUAGCCAAAUUCGACGUAGAAUGCAGUUCGGAUAUGCAGAGUCGUCAUGAAAACAUUCCAAUUGUAUGGACAGAAUACUUAAAUUUAUUAGAAGAGGCUAAAAAGGCGUUGGAACUGAAUAAAGAUAAAUUUAAAGCCGAACUCUUGGAGCAAGCAGAGGAAUUUAAAGAAGCCGCUAAGGAAUUUUGUGAAGAAUUUUAUACUACAGCACCAACAAGUUCUGACGUUAGUGGAAAGGAUGCAAUGGCGCAGUUGAAAGCAUUCAGAGAGCAAUUGAAUGCCCUGAGAGCACAAGAACAACAGAUUAGAGAUGGGCUUGCUGUUUUUAAUUUAACAACUCCGGUCAACUUGGACCUACAAAAAAUGGAGAAAGAGUUGGAAAAGUUGGAGGAAGUUUGGGGUCUAGUUUAUCAAUGGGAAGAGUCAUGGGAAAAAUACAAAACCCAAACAUUUUGGGAGAUGGAAACUGAUGAAAUGGAGGAUAAUGUAAUGUUUUUGUUUAGAAACUUUAACCGACUUUCUCGUCAGCUAAAAGAUAAGGGUUGGGAUAUUAUCGACACCACAAGAGUAAAAGUCGACGCAUUCCGGCGCACCCUUCCGUUAAUAGGCGAUUUAAAGAACCCCUGCAUGAGAGAGCGGCACUGGGACAGAAUCAAAGCUUUGAUGGGAGUCGAAUUUGACCAGGACUCUGAAGACUUCAAAUUAGAAUUGAUAGUUAGAUUAAAUUUUCAAAUGUAUUCGGACGAUAUAGCUGAAAUAUCAAAUGCAGCUACAAUGGAAUUAAAUAUUGAAAAUGGGCUUAAAGCUAUUCGUGAAGUGUGGAAGAAUACAACUUAUGAAAUGCAACAUCAUAAAGGAGACAUGUAUAGAAUUAAAAAUGUUGAAGAUGUUAUGCAGUUUUUAGAAGACCAUCAAGUACAGUUGUCCUCAAUGAAAUCAACUAAAUACGUAGAACCAUUCAUUAAAGAAGUUGAUUAUUGGGAAAAGUCACUUGGCUAUGUUGCGGAAUGUAUCGAGAUUUCUUUACAAGUGCAAAGAAGAUAUUUGUAUCUGGAAAGCAUAUUCAACGGAGAAGAUAUUCGGAAACAAUUACCAAAUGAAGUUAUAAUUUUUGACACAUUGGCUGCUGAUUGGACAGAAGUUACGAGCAAAAUGCGAUAGGUUUGCCUGUCGCCAAAGCGAUGAUGUCAGAAGAUGGAGAGUGCAUCGAGUGGAGGUAUAACCUGGUGCUGGAUGGACCUGCCGAGGUGUGGCUAAACGG